ACACAGAGCCCUAUAAAAUGGAGGAACACUACACACAUGCAGAACACGAGCCCAGCACAGAGAUCCCCCCAAUUCCUGAACACUACCACCAUACUGAGGGUCAACCAAUGGCAGACCACAACACUGAGACCCCCCCAAUGCCUGAACACUACCACCAUACUGAGGGUCAACCAAUGGCAGACCACAACACUGAGACCCAACCAAUGCCUGAAGACUACCACCAUACUGAGGGUCAACCAAUGGCAGACCACAACACUGAGACCCAACCAAUGCCUGAACACUACCACCAUACUGAGGGUCAACCAAUGGCAGAAGACAACCCCAGCACAGAGACCCCCCCACACCACAACCAUACUGAGGGUCAACCAAUGGCAGACCACAACACUGAGACCCAACCAAUGCCUGAACACUACCACCAUACUGAGGGUCAACCAAUGGCAGAAGACAACCCCAGCACAGAGACCCCCCCACACCACAACCAUACUGAGGGUCAACCAAUGGCAGACCACAACACUGAGACCCAACCAAUGCCUGAAGACUACCACCAUACUGAGGGUCAACCAAUGGCAGGACACAACACAGAAACCCCCCCAAUGCCAGAACACUACCACCAUACAGAGGCCCCCCAAAUGCCAGAACACCACGCCCGCACAAAGCCCCACCCACGGCCAGAACACUACGCCCACACAAAGGGUCACCCAAUGCCAGAACACAACACCCACACAAAGCCCCACCCACGGCCAGAACACUACGCCCACACAAAGGGUCACCCAAUGCCAGAACACAACACCAACACAAAGCCCCCCCCACGUCCAGAACACGCCUACACAAAAGGUCGCAAACCGUGGGGAGACAACCACAUGGCAGAGCCCCCCCCAAUGCCGACGGUGCCCGCUCACCAAUACCCCGGCCGCAUGGGUCCGCCCAUGAUGCCCACCCCGCCCCCGGACUACCUCCGCCUCCCCAACGACACCGAUGGGGUGAUGCGCGGGUUCGAGCCCUUGCCCACGGGACUGGAGCCCGACAUGUCCUACUGCGACAUGCUGCUGGAGUCGCCGGUGCCGCCGCCUAUGGACAGCGUGCCCUGGUUCUGCGUCUGCUCCCACUGCAAGGGCAAGGCGGGACCCAAGGGUGACCGCGGGGACCGCGGCCUGCCAGGAAGUCCGGGUAGUCCCGGGAUAAGAGGUUUCACUGGGUUCAGAGGGCGACCUGGAUUCGUAGGCCACCAGGGCCUGAAGGGACAAAAAGGUGAUGAAGGAGGAAAGGGGGACCUGGGGCCCAGAGGAUAUACGGGAGCCAAGGGAGCCCCUGGUUAUAAGGGGGACAAGGGGGACCCAGGCAUAGAGGGGCCCCCAGGUGAACAUGGGCCCCAGGGUGAGCCGGGACAGUGCCCGGCCUCGUGCGAUAUCACCCAGGGCCCCACGGGCGACCCGGGGCUGCCCGGGCUCUCGGGGGGACGAGGGCUGCCCGGGAUCGCGGGUCCUCCAGGGGCCGCGGGGCAGAAGGGUGACACGGGUGACAUGGGGCCCCCUGGAAAUCCAGGGAGAGACGGGAUGAAGGGGGAUCAGGGGUCGAAGGGGGAGUGCAACUGCCGGAACGGCACCAACGGCGCGGAUGGCGCCGCGGGACCACCAGGGCCCAAGGGCCAAAAGGGGGACCUUGGCCUCGUUGGCAUGAAGGGGGCUGUUGGCCCAAAGGGGGAGCAAGGAGGCAAUGGCAUGAUGGGAAUGCCAGGGCCUUGUACCCCUGCCAUCCAAUCAGCGUUCUCUGCAGCGUUACAUGACGUAUACCCCGCCCCCAACCUCCCAGUGCCCUUUGGGAAGAUCCUCUACAACAUGCAGGGGCACUACAACCCCAUGACGGGCGUCUACGUCGCCCCCGUCAACGGCACGUACGUGUUCAGCUACCACCUGACCGUCUACAACACCGUGCUGAAGGUGGGGCUGUUCGCGAACUUCCACCCCGUCGUCAAGACGACCGCGCCCGCCGGCCUGAGCACCGCCUCCCAGCAGGUGGUGCUGCACCUGGCCCAGUUCGACAGGGUGUGGCUGCAGGUGAAGGACGCCUUCAGCAACGGCAUGUACGCCGACAAGGAGAGCAGCAGCACCUUCAGCGGUUACCUCCUCCACCCCGACGUCUGCGACCAGCCGCUCAUCCGAGAGUUCUUUGACCCGCCAUCUGGGGACGAGUACGACUGGGGCAACAUGGAUGGCCUGACCACCCCCGUGCCUUAAACCUGGCCCAGAGUCAUAAUCACCCCUCAUUGUUCGGGCGGGGGGGUGGUGGUAGGAGACAGGAGCAGAGGCAAUUGGUUGUUUAAGGAGGACUCCCAUCCCCCCCCACCUUCCCCCCAAAACACCCGUCUCUCUCCAACCUACUUCAGGCUAGUUACCAUAGCGACAGACCUUUCGGAGACAGCCGUCCAUAACUUUCUGAUAGUCUUCAACAUUUCUCUAUGUAAUUAUAAGCAAUAUAUACUGAUACACUAUCCCUCAUAAAUAGCUGCUAUCCAGUCAUACUUUAUCCAGAUAAAUUAAAUAAGUGAACUCACCUGUGUGUACCUGUCACCUGUGUCUGCUCUAUCGGUUACUGCUCACAGAAAGAUCCCACACUUGAGGCAGGUGGUCCUAUGUGUCUUCACUGAUUUUCUUCCCCAACUGUGGCUGUUUAAACCAUAGACACUUGCAAUAGCAAUCUGCCAAACUAUAAAAAUCUAAUU